GCAGUGCCGCUUCCCCUGGUACCGGGAGGAGCAGUUGCCGCUGCCGCCUCAGCCGUGUGGCUGGACCCCCUCCCUCACCCGGGGACUCCCUGACCCGGGGAACCAAGCUCAGGUCUCCAGAGCCUCCCAGAAGAAAAAUAGGCAGUCCUCCCUGAAAUAUCUUGGCUCCUCAGUUUAGCUUCUCCAACCUGGCUCUCUCUUCCCAAGUCCUCUCCCUACUCCCCAUCUCCCUCUCCCACUCACCCUGGUGAACCCGGUAAAGUUCUGUUCUUCCUUUGCCCCAUCUGGACCUCACUGGCCAGGCCCUAGUUCCUCUUAGUCUGAGCCCAAACAUACUGGAACACAUUUCAUCUGGGGAGAGGGUCUUCUUGACCCCCUCCAAUUCAUUGAGCAAAGGGUUGAAAAAGAGGCAGAGAGUAAGGUAGAUCUAGUGAAGUACCCAAAGCCCCACCCACCAUGGAAGAAGGCUUCCGAGAUCGAGCAGCGUUCAUCCGUGGGGCCAAAGAUAUUGCCAAGGAAGUUAAGAAGCACGCGGCCAAGAAGGUGGUGAAGGGCCUCGACAGAGUCCAGGAUGAGUAUUCCCGAAGGUCCUACUCCCGCUUUGAGGAGGAGGAUGACGAUGACGACUUCCCUGCCCCUGCUGACGGCUAUUACCGCGGAGAAGGAGCUCAGGAUGAGGAGGAAGGUGGCGCUUCUAGUGAUGCCACUGAGGGCCACGAUGAGGAUGAUGAGAUCUACGAGGGAGAAUAUCAGGGCAUCCCCCGGGCAGAGUCUGGGGGCAAAGGCGAACGGAUGGCAGAUGGGGCACCCCUGGCUGGAGUGAGAGGGGGCUUGAGUGAUGGGGAGGGUCCCCCUGGGGGUCGUGGGGAGGCACAGCGGCGUAAAGAUCGGGAAGAAUUGGCUCAGCAGUAUGAAACCAUCCUCCGGGAGUGUGGUCAUGGCCGCUUCCAGUGGACACUCUACUUCGUGCUGGGUCUGGCGCUGAUGGCAGAUGGUGUAGAGGUCUUUGUGGUGGGCUUUGUGCUGCCCAGUGCUGAGAAAGACAUGUGCCUGUCGGACUCCAACAAAGGCAUGCUAGGUCUCAUUGUGUACCUGGGCAUGAUGGUGGGGGCCUUCCUCUGGGGAGGCCUGGCUGAUCGGCUGGGUCGGAGACAGUGUCUGCUCAUCUCGCUCUCAGUCAACAGCGUCUUCGCCUUCUUCUCAUCCUUCGUCCAGGGUUAUGGCACCUUCCUCUUCUGCCGCCUCCUUUCUGGGGUUGGGAUUGGCGGUUCCAUCCCCAUUGUCUUCUCCUAUUUUUCGGAGUUUCUGGCCCAGGAGAAACGUGGGGAGCACUUGAGCUGGCUCUGUAUGUUCUGGAUGAUUGGGGGAGUGUAUGCAGCUGCAAUGGCCUGGGCCAUCAUCCCCCACUAUGGAUGGAGUUUCCAGAUGGGUUCUGCUUACCAGUUCCACAGCUGGAGGGUCUUUGUCCUCGUCUGUGCCUUUCCCUCUGUGUUUGCCAUCGGGGCGCUGACUACGCAGCCUGAGAGUCCUCGAUUCUUCCUAGAGAAUGGGAAGCAUGACGAAGCCUGGAUGGUGCUGAAGCAGGUUCAUGACACCAACAUGCGAGCCAAGGGCCAUCCUGAGCGAGUCUUCUCAGUAACCCACAUUAAAACGAUCCAUCAGGAGGAUGAAUUGAUUGAGAUCCAGUCUGACACAGGAACCUGGUACCAGCGCUGGGGAGUACGGGCUUUGAGCCUGGGGGGUCAGGUUUGGGGGAAUUUCCUCUCCUGCUUCAGUCCGGAGUAUCGGCGCAUCACUCUGAUGAUGAUGGGCGUAUGGUUCACCAUGUCCUUCAGCUACUAUGGUUUGACUGUCUGGUUUCCCGACAUGAUCCGCCAUCUCCAGGCUGUGGACUAUGCAGCCCGAACCAAAGUGUUCCCAGGGGAGCGCGUAGAGCACGUGACAUUUAACUUCACGCUGGAGAAUCAGAUCCACCGAGGGGGACAGUACUUCAAUGACAAGUUCAUCGGGCUGCGUCUGAAGUCAGUGUCCUUUGAGGAUUCCCUGUUUGAGGAGUGUUACUUUGAAGAUGUUACAUCCAGCAACACAUUCUUCCGCAACUGCACAUUCAUCAACACUGUGUUCUAUAACACUGACCUGUUUGAGUACAAGUUUGUCAACAGCCGUCUGGUGAACAGCACGUUCCUGCACAAUAAAGAAGGCUGCCCCCUCGAUGUGACAGGGACGGGCGAAGGUGCCUACAUGGUGUACUUUGUCAGCUUCUUGGGGACACUGGCUGUGCUUCCUGGAAAUAUUGUGUCUGCUCUGCUCAUGGACAAGAUUGGCAGGCUCAGAAUGCUUGCUGGUUCCAGUGUGUUGUCCUGUGUGUCCUGCUUCUUCCUGUCUUUUGGGAACAGCGAGUCAGCCAUGAUUGCUCUGCUCUGCCUUUUCGGGGGAGUCAGCAUUGCAUCCUGGAACGCGCUGGACGUGCUGACCGUUGAACUCUACCCUUCUGACAAGAGGUAGUUUGGAGUGUGGCGGGGGCAGGGGAAGAGGUUUAGGAGCUACAGGACUGGGAAGUGAGGAGGAGAGCCGACAGAAUAUUGUUAGGGAUAAGAGUCUGGUGAAGGGUAAGGGUGUUGUUAGGGGUAGGGCACACAUCCCUGCUGAGCUUUUCCUUAACAGUUGGGAGCUUUUGUCUUUGCUUCUGGAACUGCUAAUUACUAACCUCUGCUUCUGUCUCCUCUCUCUUGUCUCCCAAUGUGUCUGUAUGCCCCACCCCCUCCCGUCAUUUCUCCAUCCAUCCUUCCUGCUCCUGCACACUGCUUUUGUCUUACCCCACUUUGCCUUCCAUCUUCCUUCCUCUGGGCCCUCACCGCCAUGCGGCUUGGCACUGAGCAGGACUACCGCCUUUGGCUUCCUGAAUGCCCUGUGUAAGCUGGCAGCCGUGCUGGGAAUCAGCAUCUUCACAUCCUUUGUGGGGAUCACCAAGGCCGCUCCUAUUCUCUUUGCCUCGGCUGCUCUUGCCCUUGGUAGCUCUCUGGCUCUGAAGCUGCCUGAGACCCGGGGACAGGUGCUGCAGUGAGGGAUGGGGGGUGUCUCAGGGGCUUUAGGGAUGGCAGGCACACUGUGAGACCAAUACUUCCUUUUCUUCCUCCUCCGCCCUGCUGUCCUGGUCCUCACUCCCCUGUGUUUGGUGUCUUAGCUGUGUGUGCCUGUGUGCAUGUGUGUGACCCUGAUGGACAGGGACUACAGGGAAGGUCCCUUCGUUCCACUUCUGGGAUGAGGUACUCCUCACCUGCUGCCACCCUCAACUUUGCACAAGGAGAAGGCUGGGCUGCAUCCUUCUCUCCCCCAGUGUUAGCGAGGGAGCUGUUUCCCUGCUCCAGGGGUUCCAGAACUUCUGCCUUCCCCUUCAUUCCCUCUGCCUAGGCCCUGGUUAACCACAGGUAUGGAGUUAUAAUGGGGGCUGAGGCUUGGACCAAAAGAACUUCUUGAGUGGGAAGGCCUUGGGUGCCCUCUAACCUCCCAAGGAUGCUGGGACGUAGCAAUAAACCUCAGCCCUCUGGCCUCCAUUUUCACCUCAAUUCAGGCUACAAGUGUGAAGCCUGGAUUUUAUGGAAUUAGUUUUCUGAUUCUUAUUUAUAUGUAAGUUCUGAGGCAGCUUAGCUGGGCUGUGUGUGGAUGUAUACACUCGCGUGUGUGUAUGUGUGUGUGUGUGUGUGUGUGUAUGUGUGUGCCAUGGGGUAGGGGUACCACUAUACUGUUCAAAUAUAAGCCAAGAGUAGUAGUUUCAGUGAACACACACACAACAUUGUUUUUCUAUAGUACCUCCCGGCUCUUGUAUCUGUGUUGGGGCUGGAAGCAGAACCCCUAGGCCAGGCUGGGAUGAGUCCUGAAGCCUUGGGGGACCUGAGGGCACCUGACAAGGACUCACUCUCUCCUUCCUCUAGAGAGGUUCUCCCCACUAGCCAUAGCCCUCCCAUCUGACCUGUCUGCACAGGCGGUGGACCAGAGGAAAGAAAGGGAGGAUAACCAGGCGCGUAUGGUCAAACCAGCAGAUCUGAAAGCACAAGGAGCUGGGGCAGGGGCAGGAAGCAGGGGUCCAUCCCUUAAACCUUCUCAAAAAGGCUGGGUCGUGAGGGACCCCUAAUGCAGGGACCAGAAGCCUCAGUUUCCCCAUCUUGCCCUUCCACAGAACAGCCUCUGUAGGUAGAGCUGCCCCCCUCCUACCCUACUCUGUGUGGCUGCUUUCUUUGGUACUCUCUUCCCACUCCCACCGUAGCUGUGACGUGUUGUAGUUUUUAGCUGUUUGUAAAAUGUUAAAAAAAAAAAAAAGUUAAAAGGAAGUUAAACUAACCACAAAAAAAAAAAAAAAAAAUCCAAAUUCACCCUCCUUAUGCUGCGUCUGGUGCCCUCAGCCCUAAGGCCAUUCUGAUUUUGUAAUACUGAACCAGGUGGUGACUGUUUAACUCUAGUGUCUGUGAUCAAAGGACUUCAAAGGACUGCCUUCUCCCCCAGUGCCCAGUGUGUGAGUGUACGCCCCCUCCCCUCACCAUUCCGUGGCUGGACGUAGCCGUCUCCCUUACUACAUCCCCAGGGAGACACAUCCACCUUCUUGUCUCCUGAGGAACCCCAAACCUAAUUCCAUUGAUGUGAAAAAAUGAAAUGAAAAAUACUGCUGAAAAAUAAAGGGUACCAACCCUUAAAACCCAAA